AAAUUGCGCGGGAAUAAAUCGUUGAUUCCCUCCAUCACUCUUUCUCUCUCCUAUCACAUGUAAAACUCUAGUGUACUCCCGCUUAAAAAACCCCUAAAUUCGAUUGAUAAGCCCUAAUUUUCCACAAACCCUAGCUCAUCAAUUCCAUGGAUAAUCAACCCGAUCAACCCCCAAUUUCCAAUGUCGUCGAUCUUCAAUCACCGGAUCCGAAGCUCGUUCGUCGGAAAUUUGUACAAACAACGCUAUUUCCUCUCAAACCGCACGACACCAAAGUCGAGGAAAUUGCCGCCGACGACGGUGAUGCGGCGGAAGUUGGCAGCAGUCAAGGAGGAAAGAGAAAAAGGGGUAGACCUAAGGGAAGUACUACGCCUCAGAAACGGGGGUCUAAGAAGGUGAAUGAUACUAAGGUUGAGGUGAUUGCCGACGAUGAUGACGAGGAGGAAGUGUGUGGGAGUCAAGGAGGGAAGCGAAAGAGAGGACGGAAUGCAAAAGGGAAUUCUACGCCGUCGAAAAGGGGGUCUAAAAAGGCGGCUGUCAAUGGAAAAGAUGCUUCUGUUGUUGAUCUCGAUGAUACGGAAUCUCCAGAUGAUGCAAGCCCUCAUCAACUAAAAGCAAAGCAACGCGCUUCAACAAGAAAUGGAAGAACUAAUGGAAAUAAGGCGACAUCCACGUCAAAGCUAUCAACUUAUCCAAUAGCUACCCUGCAAUCUCCACAGCCUGUUCCUGAUCUGUGGCUGGAGGCUAAGAAGACUGCCGAGGAGAAUUCACGGAUUUUUGCUGGAAAGCAGAUACACCCAUUUUUCUCCUCGUGGAAGGCAGGAAAGAAAGAUUUGGAGACUAUUGAGGCAGAGAAUAAUGGGUGCUUUGAUAAAAGAAAGGAGAGAAAUGUUGAGAUCGGUCCUAUUCAUGUUUUUGAUAACGCUAAGGAUGAUUUAUUUUCUAUUGAUUGGAGCAAUUGGACCUUUGAUGAGGGGAUCUUCAGCACCUCUUGUAAUCAAGAAAGGAAAAGAUCUUGCUUCGAAGGCAUUGUUGGUUCCCUAAAUUUUGAUGAUAUUACAAGAGCUUCAAAUACUUCCAGAACUUCACAGCUCCUUAAGGAUGUUUCUUUGGCUCAUUUCUGUAGUACUGAUGAAGACUCAUCUGUAAUGUUUACGUACACCUCUCCUAUAAUCAUCGAUGAAGACGUGACACCAUGUGACUCGUUGAAGAACUUAGAAAAGAAUUCUGAAGAAACUGAACCUUGUAUAUUUGGUAAGGUCGGCCAGGUUAGCACACAUUUUGAGCAGCAAAAUGUUUUUCCACAGGAAAGAAAUAUGGCAGAUUAUCUCAAUCGUGGUAAUUAUCCAGAGAAUAGCAUGUGGGCAAACAAAUAUCAUCCAGAAAAGGGAUUGGAGGUUUGUGGUAACAGUGAAGCUGUGAAGUUUAUAAAUGACUGGCUUCAUCGUUGGCAUGAAAUGGAUUUUCGUUUCAGCAAAAGUUCUUACUCUGCUGACAAGUGCUCGAUCCAAGAUGGUGAAUAUGAUAGUGAUUCAGAUGCUGAAAAUUUAGAGGCAUCUGGCUUAAAAAAUGUUCUUUUGGUGACAGGGCCUGUUGGGAGUGGAAAAUCGGCGGCCAUAUACGCUUGUGCAAAAGAGCAAGGCUUCCAAGUCAUUGAGGUUAAUGCAUCAGACUGGAGGAAUGGAGCUCUUCUCAAGCAAAAAUUUGGCGAGGCUGUAGGAUCGCAUUUUCUCAAACGGGCCCAGGAAAGUCCUAAGGGUAAGCUCAACUUAAAGACUUCACCCGUAAAAACAAAUGGAGCAGCAGAACAGUAUUUGAACAAUGGUGCAGUUGAAGUAAUAUCUCUCUCAGAAGAGGAAGAUUAUGUGGGUAAUAAUGAAAGUCAAUACCACAGUAAUGGUAAACUUUCUUGUGACAAAGGUGACAUCAAAUCAUUGAUACUUUUUGAAGAUGUGGAUGUUACUUUAUGCGAUGAUCGUGGAUUCAUUUCUACCAUACAACAACUGGCUGAUAUAGGGAAGCGGCCCAUGAUAUUGACCAGUAAUAAUGAAUGCCCGCUGCUGCCGGACAGUUUGGAUAGAGAAGAAGUUUGUUUUAUGAUGCCAUCACUAAAGGAGCUGGCAGACCAUAUAUUUCUGGUUUCUUCUGCUGAAAAGGCCAACAUACAACCUAUCCUUAUUGAAAGAUGCAUCAAAUUUUGCGGCGGGGACAUUCGUAAGACUUUGAUGAAUCUUCAAUUUUGGUGCCAGAGUAAAGAAUGCGUUAAAGAUGGAAAUGUGCGAAGUAUAUUCAGUCCUCUGAUGUUCAAUCUGGAAGCUGGCCACCGUGUAUUGCCUAAAUUGAUUCCUUGGGCAUUACCUUCUUCAUUAUCUGAAUUUGUUGAAGCAGAAGUUGCCAAAUCCUUCUGCAAAAUGGAAGAAAAUCAUAGCUUGUUAGGACUGAUUGAUGAAGAAGAGUCGGGUGAUAUCAGUAUACAGGAUCAAUUGGAUCUUGAUAUAAGUGAAUCAGCAAGCAUUGAGGCAAAGAAAGAAGCAAUUUUAAGUGGAGAUUGCUUUCUACAUGUAGAUAAUGAUAUAAUAGAAGGAAGCAAUACUUGUGAGUUCUUCAAUUCUUCAGGCUCUCCAGUAGCAUUUACUCGCCGCAAUGUCCGCAGAAAAUCUGACACUGUGCUGUCUGAAUCUGAAGAUGACAUCUGUAAUAAUGAAUAUCCUGCUGUUUCAGACAGUUUGCCUGGUGAUGGUAAUGGUACAUUACACCGGUCACCAGACAUGGAACAUGCUAACGACUUCAACUUUUUUGCUGUGGGUAAUUCAUGCAAACAAUCAACUGCAGAGGAAAAGCAUCAACAUCUGGAAUUUGUCCGUGCAAACUGCAGUAGUAAUGAGGAAAACAAUGACUCUCUGAGCCUGUUGAAUGACCUGCUUGUACAUACUCAAGAUGGAAACUUAGAUUUUAACAUGCACCAAUUUCCUGUAGUGGAUUAUGAAAUGCUUUCAAUCAUUGGCAACUCUAAUAAUCAGUCAGCGCAUCAAGUCUUUCAUUUUGGAGAUGCAAAUGAUGUGAAGAUAGAGACAGAAAAUGCCGGCAAUCUGUGUUUGGACCCGUUGAGCGACCAGGUAGGACAGUGCAAAGAGGGGGAAAACCCAAUAAAGAGAUGCUUGUUUACACCUCCAACACAUGCUGAUCCCAUCAGUGGUACAAUAGAUAGUACAAGAAAUCAGUCCACUGGCCAACUCAUGCAGUGCAUAGAGAAGGCUAGCAUGGCAGAACCUCAGCAUUGGCAUCUUGAAAUGGGAACAGUGAAUCUUGAUGGUCCAGUAAUAGCUGAUGUCUCUUUCAAUCCAUCAUUUGACAAUCUGAAUCUGGAAAAAACUCAAAACAGUGAGCAUCAACAUCCAGAAACAGCAAGUGCCAAUCCUUUCAGCUAUACAGCACUGGGUGACUCUUUGAACCCUUCAAAUGACCAGCUAUUUCAUUUCGUAGAAGCUAAAGAGAAGGAAAUUCAGCACCAGCAUCCGGAGACAGGUGAUAGAAGUGACAAUAGUUUUGUAGCUGUGGAUGUUCCCUUGUUGCAAUUAAGUAACCAGAUCUGUGAAUUAGGAAAGGAGAAGAAAAUCCAACAGCAACAUCAACAAGUUCCCACUGUCAAGCAUCCUAGUUGUCUGCAAGUAGAUGAUUCUCUGAAACUAAUGAGUGAACAAAUAUAUAGAGAUGAGGAAAAAGCAAAAAGUGUCCAACAUCUAUUACCUGAUAAGAAGAAUGUGGUUGAUUUCACAAGCUUUCCUGCUGUAGAUAAUUCUCCAAACCCGUUAGGUGGGCAAACACUAAAUUUGGCAAAAGCAGAGGAGCAUCAUCGCCAAUAUUCAGAUGCUACAAAUUUUAAUCACUUUAAAGAUCAGUGUCAGUCAUUCGACAUGUCCUAUGUGCCAGAGUCAACAUUUGUUCCAGAGACUGAAGUUAAUGAUGGAACAGAGUGUCCAUCAGGAACAGAUAUGAUGGAAAUUGUCUCACCAAUUGCAACUGAUGACGCUGACCCGUCUGUUAUUGGACGUCAAGCUUCUGAGUAUAGAUUCUGUGGUAUUGACUUAAAUGUGAAUGCAAGGGAUGAAGAGAUGGGAGAUUCUCAUAGUAAUGAACAUCAUGAGCCCAGCACCUCUGGAUGUCAGGUGAUGGAUGAGUGCAGUCGCAUGGAUUUCUUUAAGAAAUCUAUAAACUCUAGAAGUUCUGCAAUAAAAGUGAAAAAUCCUGUGCAGGAAAGGUGGAAUGAACUCCGGCAGACAGAUUUGGGGCAGUAUUGUGUCACAGAGCAUAAAAAUGCUCUUCAACUUGUGGAGUUGGGUUAUAGAAUGAGCAAUUUAAUUUCAGAGGGUGAUCUUUUACUUCAUGACUAUGAAUUUUUACUCAAUGAUUCAUCAGGUCUUAGUGAGGAAGAUUUUUCCUUUGGUUUGCAUUAUCAGCAAAUUCAGAUGGCAUUUUCAGUUGCACAAUAUGGCUAUUUUUUGUAUGCUAAAGAAAUUGAUGCUUUACAAGCGAAGCUGGGCCUUGCCAAAAAUCUGCAUCUAGGUUGGGAGAUGCUCAUAUCAACAAGCAAUUCAAUGGCGUUAGGAAAGUUACUAAGUCUAAAUAAGAGGCAAAUUCCAUUGGUUGACAUGAGCAUAAAACAGGCGGCAACAACAGUUGAUAUUUCAUCCACAAGAGAAAGGGAGAUUUGCCUACAGAAUAUUGUUCAGUCAGUAGUUCCAUUGAGAUCUUACUUGACAGUAAGAGGAUCUGUACUUCAUGAUUAUCUAUCUUCUCUGACUCACAUUUCGAGAUCAGAGGCUUCCAGAUUGGCUGAAGCUGCUGAGAAGACAAAGCGAAGGAGAGUACGUGCUGCCAAGAAUUAUUUAAGCUGCGGUGGUCUAGGCUUGUCGCAGGACGAUAUCUUAAAGCUGAACGAGUACGAUUUUUAUCGUAGAGAUUCAUCCAAAUCAACACCUGAAACUUAUAGGUAGAAUACAUCAAUUAUUUAUAAUUAAGCAGAUAGUUAUAAUUUUGACAAGAUGGCUGUUGUAGUCUUGUAGAGUUGUAGAUAGAUAACAUAGCUUAUGUUGAUCCUUCAUUCUUGUCUCCAUAAAAUUCGAUGAGCAGGAUUUGUUGUAAAUGCUACAGUAUUUAUGAUAAAAUUCGCUCUUUAAAUUCAAAGGUAACCUCUCACAAUCAGUUUCAAGUAAUGGCAUACUAAUG